AUGAUGAUGAUAAUGCGCCGUGUGAUGUGUGUGUUGGCCGUUGUGCUGUGCUGCGCCUGCGGGUAUACCAUGGCGGCUGCUGCUGCUGUUGAUAAUGACAGUCCCAGUGGCCGUGGUGUAUCCCGUGGGGCUGUGGAGGUGUCGUGCGGGGCCGGCGGUGCGCUGCGUGUACGCCCCGCUGCUGAGAGCGAGUGGCUUACAUGCGGUGCGGGCAGCCGUGUGUCUGCAUGUGGGAAGUACGCAGACCUCUGCCGCCAGCGUACCGCAAGAACAGCAACAACAACAACCAUUGACACUGCUGCUCCUGGACAACCAAAGGCGGUGAUGGCUGAGUUUUAUGGAAGUUAUGACACUGCUCUUCUUAAGGAGGAGUGGGACAAAAAACAAAAGGAGAAAGAUCUGCUGAAGCAACAAGAGCUGGAUAAGCAAAAGGUUACAGCGCCCACUCAGACUCCAGAACGAUUACAACCAGAGAAUCAUCUAAACGAAGAAACCAAUGGAGACUUGCGGAACCAAAAUAGUGAUUCUCCUCCAUCUCCGGAGGUUAAACGCCCUGAGGGAAGAGACCCUCCUGUUGCCGCUGCAGCUGAAGUGGCGGUUGGACAUCAAGGUGAUAGAUCCAUGGGAGGAAAAGGGAUGGGCAGUGAACCGCAAGGGGUUGUAACAGAAGAUCCUGCCAUUGUUACUGAAGAUGCAGAACGGAAACCAGAUACUGGUGCGACUACAACGCUAGGCAAAACUCCAGAAUCUAAUGGUGCUGCCGAAAGUGAUCAAGGGGCACUGGGCAGCACAGCUGAUAACACUUCACCUGGCACCUCUAAUGCUACCAACCAAUCUCAAGCUGCAGAUACGACUGCACCUAAUUCUACUUCUGCUACAGCAGACUCACAAGAAACCACUUCCACUACUCCGCCGAGCACUGAGAACACUACCACAGAAGCAUCAACCGCAACUACAUCUCCUGUUCCCGUAACUAACGCAGAGAUUAACACUGUACCUGGCGAUAGUACUACUCAACAACCAUCUUCUGAAGGUACGACUACCGUACAAGACUCAGAAGAAACCAAUACCGCUACUCCGAGCACCGAUAACACUCUCAGUGAAGCACCAUCUACCACUCCAUCUCCUGCACCUGUAACUAACCCACAGAUCAGCAGUAACAUCGCUUCCACAGUUCAGAAGAACAAGGCUAAUGUUGACAGCAGUGUCAAUCCUGUGUGGAUGCGCACUACAGCAUCGCUGCUGAUUGUGACUGUGUUGGUCUCCGCUACCGUGUACUGA